UACACUUACAACUUCUCGCGAGAUCCCGUUCUGUGCACACUGCUGCGGGCGCUGAACUGCAGGCAGCGGCCCCCUGCAGGGGAAGCAGAAGUUCUAGGCCAGCUCGGCCUCCGGGCAGUGCAGACAUGCCGGUUUGUUCGAUUAACGGCUGCACGUUUGUCCCAGGACGGCAUUGUAACGGCUAUGAAAUCAAACUCCACUGCUUCCCAAACUCAUUGCAGAGAAUAAAAGAAUGGCUUCUACAGCUGGGGCAACACUUCCACGACAUUGACGCCAUCGCCAACCAGAUCCUGGAUAACAAGAGGAAGAAAUACAACAAGUAUCGCCUGUGCUCCCUGCACUUCUCCGACGACAGCUUUAUCAUAAAUGCUGAUGGCCGAACUCUACGUCCAAACGCUUUGCCCACCAUUUUUCACGGCCUAGCGCCUUCUUCAGAAAAGAUGAAUGAAGAUUUAUCCCUAAGAAAAGCUUUCAAAAGGAAGAGAGAAAACAAGACCCCCGAAGAGAACAGUCCGCUGUGCGGGGUGCCAUCACAGAAUCCGUCUUCCGACAUAACUCCUCAGUCAGUAGAAUCCAUCAAAGUAGAAGUUCUGGACAAUUUUCCAUUAUCCGCUGAAAGUACCAUAGGAAACUGCGGUAUCGCCAACCAAAUCGGAAAGACCGAAUCAUAUCGGGAUGCUCAAACUCAGACGGAGUUCACCUUUAAAAAUUCCAUCAUUUACUUACUGGACAAUGAUUUUUUGACAGGCAACACUGUUUUUGACCCCUGUGGUCCACCAUACCUCAGCCUCCAGAACCCAGUUGUGGCCCUGAACUGUUUUCUUCCUGCCCCUGGCAACCUAUCUUGAGAGACUCUCGCUACCACUCAAGAACAUUGCUGUGGUCUCUUAUGGCUUCCUUGCGGUUCUAUAGGCCUCAUGCACACGACCAGCCUCAUGCACACGACCGUUGUUGUGUUCCGUUCCGCAAAAUGGGGUUCCGUGGUCCGUUUCCGUGUGUCUUCCUUUAUUUUUGGAGGAUCACCAGACAUGAAGGAAAGUAAAAAAUAGUCUAAGUCAAGUUUUCCAUGCAAAUAGGGAAAAAACGGACGCGGAUGACAAUCUUGUGUACCUCCGUGUUUUUUCACGGUCCCAUUGACUUGAAUGCGUCCGCGAACUGUUUUCCGUUAAAAAAAUAGGACAGGUUAUAUUUUUUUGGAUGGACUGGAACCACGGGUCACGGACGUGGAUGACAAACGGUGCAUUAGCCAAUGGGUCCGCAGAAAAUCACGAAAAACGGAACAACGGACACGGAAUGAAACAAUGGUCGUGUGCAUGAGGCCUUAAGCUGAGGUUUUGUAGACAUUCUAUACGUCAGUUACACCAAAUAAUAGAUGUACAUUUAAUUUUUUUAACCCUUGCUUGUGAAGUGUCAAGGCUAAGGGCUCAUGCACACGUCCAUUGGCCGACCGUGCCUGUAUUGCGGUCCGCGAUACACGGGCACCGGCCAUGUGCACCCUGCAUCAUGGAUGUGGACCCAUUCACGCGAAUGGGUCCGCAAUCCAGAAAGUCAGUGCAGAACGGAGGAGAGGAACCCCAGAGAAGCACUCCGUAGUUUCUGUCCGUCCCUCUGUAACGCUAAAAAGUAGUGCAUGCACUACUCUUUUGCGGUGCAGACGGACCCCGGACCCAUUCAAGUUGAAUGGGUCUGGAUCCAUCUGCAGAAUCUGCACGGAUGUUGCCUGUGCAUUCGGGAUCGCAAAUUGCAGUCCCCAAUGCACGGGACAGUCGAUCAACUGCCGUGUGCAUGAGCCCUAAUUCACAUUGGCACUAAUCCUUUACCGUAUCUUCUGCUCCGUUAUAGGAGCAGAACAAUGAAAGUAUCAGAAGCACUGGUGCCAUCACAACAGACAUAAACUGCACUAGGUGGACCCCAUUGACUGUGAUGGGUUUCCGGCCUGCAACACUUUAUUCAGAAAAUGUUUUGUUUUUGUUUUAAGAUUUUCUUUUUAUUCCUUUCACACCAUGUUUUUCGGGAGGAAAUGGGUUUUUAAGCUUUUCUUUUUUCAGGUUUUACCUCUUACAGUGUGUGUGUUUUUGUUUUUUUCCCCCUCUGUUUGAGUGUAACUUUUUAAAACGCAGUAUGCUCUGAGUAGGUUUUGGUUUCUUUUUUGAGGUAUUUUUCCCAUUGGCUUCUCUAUAGGGUAAAAACAGGCAGAAAGAAACACAACAAAAAUUUCUGUAUAAAAAGAAAAUGUUACUAAAUAUAUUCUGGGGCUUUUUUUUUUUUUCAUCCAAAAAACCCUACUAAGGCUUCUUUCACGUGAGUGAUAGGGAUUGUGUCAGGGUCUGUUCAGGGAAAAACGGAGGGUUUUGCACACAUGUCCACUGACUUGCAUUACAUUCAAUGUGUGCGUUUUUCCCAUCUGGAUUGUAUCCGGAUUGCACACUCCUGAAUAAUAGCACUCAACAUCUAGCAACCAUCAGUGAAAA